AUGCCCGAGAUCCAACUACCCGAAGAGAUGUGGAUCCAUGUGUUUGGAUUCCUCUCUGAGCGAGACAAAUUAAAUGUUCGUUUAAGCUGCGCGUACUUUAAGAGACUGGUCGACCACUGGUCCUUAUGGAAAGACAGUGUUGUCGUUCUCCAAAAGCCCUACGACUCGCAUUUCUGGAAAACUCUUCGUCAAAGGAAAAUCAAGUCCGUUGUUGUUAAAAGGGCAACGACGAAAGUCUUACAACAAACGGUGGCUUGGCUGCCGUGGAUCGGUUCAGUGACUCUGCUCGAGUGCAAUGAUGGCACAGCCCUGGUGACACUGACGGCUUUAAAACACCUCCAGAGGCUUGUCAUCAGUCAGUGUUGCUGUCGGAGUCUGACCGGCUCGCUUUUAUCUUUAAGACAAUUGACUCAUCUCUGUUUGUGUGAGGUCAAGAGAGCCUCGGUAUCCGAGAUACGUGCUGCAAUUUCGCAGCUUGUCAAUCUUACCACACUCGAGUACCACGACGAUAAAAAUCCUAUCCAUAAAAGUGCCCUUCAUGGCAUGUUGGGGCAUUUGCCCAACUUAAAACACCUUUCCUUGAAAUUGGGGCCGAAGUAUGGGAUUCUGCCUGAUGAUUAUUUUUGUCCAACUAAAGCGAAUGGAAACCCGGGAGUGACUCCGGAUGCAGAGCUUGGCCUCAGCAGCCUGGAGCUGCUGAACUAUGAAGACCCCUGCCUCUCCUCCCUUGCCUUUAAUGGUCUCUCCUCCCUGACCAAACUGGCAGUGCAUUACAGAAAAUGUUAUAAAAAUCCAGACCUCUGCUGCCUCACAAAAUGGUUGCGAAGGCUUAAUGUACUUUCAGAGCUCAGCGUUUCUUUAGGAUACCCCCUCGAAGCCUACGCUGAAUGGAUUCCCAGGACUGUGCAGCGGUUGUCUCUCAUGAGAGUGCAGGCAACGUUGAAUUCUGUGAGGAUCGUGGGAGAGCAGGUGCCGGAUCUCCUUCAGCUCCAAUUGGACUUGUUUUGUCUUGACAUCUGUGAUUUAAUCACAGAAGUUCCCCAUGUUUUCCCGAAGGUGCAAAUCCUGGAAGUGAGACACCAUAACGUUCCAGAGUCAGUGUUUCUUCAGCUGCAGCGUUUGCCUCGACUCGAGCAGUUAGUGAUUUUGGAUGCGCCUGAAAGCCCCAGUCCUACAGUCCGCAAUCUGACUCAAAAACUUCAUGUCCAAACAAACAACAGAAUCCACGUGCUUCAUUCCAAUUCAAAGGACCAAACCGCUUGUUCUUGUGGGUUUUUUUACUUAUAAACAUCAAUAUAUAACUUGCGUAUAUUUGAUUACGGUUGGAAACACAUUAUCAUGCCUUAUACGCAUAAUUUGUAUGUGUGGUUAUUUAUUUACAUAAUUGUGAAAAUGGAAAUACUUCUAAUACAUUGUGCCAAUGAUAUUUUAUGCGAUCAGUAUUUGCUUAACUCUUCAUAAAGUGCUAUAUAUUUAAAACGGUAUAUUCACUCACCAAUCUUUCCAAUACAUUAAAGAAAAGACAGACUACA